GAAAAAUUAUUUAAAGUGAGUGACCCCAAAUGUUCUUUCUUGCCUCUGCAGUCUGCAUCAUCUAAAAUCUUCUGAACCAGUCGGCAGAAACAUGGCAGAUGAAAUCAACCAUGCUGCAGUGACAAUCUUAGACCGGUGUGAGGUUGCUCCGCCACCAGGUUCACUUCCUUCAACCACUCUCCCCCUCACUUUCUUUGACCUUCCAUGGUUCUACUGCCUCCCCGUUCAACGCAUCUUCUUCUUCAACUUCCCACACUCCACCAACCACUUCCACCAUUCAGCACUCCCCAAGCUGAAGCAAUCUCUCUCCCUCACCCUCCAACACUUCUUCCCCUUCGCUUCCAAUCUCAUCGUCCCUCCACAACCUCACACCGUCGCCGCCCCUUACAUCCGCUACCUCGACGGCGACUCCCUCCCCUUCACCGUCGCAGAGUCCAGCUCAAACUUCAACCUCCUGGUUUCAGAUUCCCCGCAAGACGUUCGAAACUGGCACCCUCUUGCUCCCACUUUACCCUCACCUCGUACAGAGGAAGAUGGCACACGUGUAAUACCUCUCAUGGCCAUUCAGGUAACAAUCCUACCAAACUCUGGUUUCAGCAUCUGCUUCACCUUCAACCACCUUGCUGCUGAUGGAAGAUCACUUCACCAUUUCAUCAAGUUCUGGGCCUCUGUUUGCAAAUCAGAAACAGGGGAUUUUGCUUCUUCUACUCUGUCUCUUCCUUUCCAUGACAGAGACAGAGUCAAAGACCCAAAAGGGCUUAAGCUUAUCUACUUGAAAGAGCUUCAAGAUCCAGCUUCACAGCCCAUGGAAUUCGCAGGCCUUGUGCGAGAUGUUUUCGCUAACAAGGUACGCGCCACUCUUGUGUUGAGUCGUGAACGAGUUGAGAAACUUAAGAACUGGAUGAUCAUUCUUUCUGGGCUGCAGCGAGUUUCGACCUUUAUUGUGACAUGCUCCUUGGUUUGGGUUUGUUUGAUAAGGUCAGAACAGAGCAAAGGUGAUGGUUGUGUUGCUAAAAGCAAUGAUCAACUCUGCUACUUGGUUUUCUUAGCAGAUUGUCGCGAUCAUCCUGAAAUUUCAUUGCCUUCAACGUACUUCGGGAAUUGUCUAGCUACUUGCAUUGUGGCACUCAAGAGGAGUGAGUUGGUUGGAGAAAAUGGGAUUGUUGAGGUUGCAAAAGCUGUUCAGAGGGAGAUUAGAAAUUGGAAGAGUGAUCCUUUACGAAAUGCUGAAACAUUGAUGUCAGAUUACAGAGAAGUAGCAAAGCCAGAUCAAAGUGUGCUAAUAGUUGCAGGGUCGCCAAAACUGGGAGUGUACGAGACUGAUUUUGGGUGGGGGAAGCCUAAGAAGUCUGAAUCAGUUCAUAUUGAUAUAACAGGAUCAAUUAGUCUCUCUGAUUGUAGAGACAAUGAAGGUGGAAUUGAAGUUGGGUUGGCGCUUGAAAGGAUUCGAAUGAAUAAUUUCAUCAAUAUCUUAGAACAACAAUUUGUAGAUAUUAAUGUAGCAUGUGAAUGAAUCAUUCAUGAUUGUACUAUUACUACUACCUGUUUCGCUUGACUCAUUUCUUAGUAGGUUUUUUCCUUCAGUUUGAGUAAACAUUCUGCUCCAUUGGUUUAUGUAGUCUUAGUUCUUAGUAAGCAGAGUGAUUGCUCAAGGUGUGUUGUACAGUUCUUAAAAGAAGUUUGAAUAUUCAGGUGCAUUUGGUAAGUGAA